AUGUCAGUUAGUUAUCCAUUAUUAAAGAAGAAAUUAUUGUUAAUUGCUUCAUCUGGACAAUUUGCAAAAUUUACAUCACAACAAUUACUCGACACAUAUUCAGAAUUAAAUCAAUUUUUAUUAUCAUAUACUUCCAAAUUAGAUUCAAUUGAGUUAUUCAAUUUAUAUGAAUUAAAUUUUUAUCUUGCAAUUUUAACUAAGAAUGAAUCAGAUGCAAAAUUAACCUUAGAUAGGUUAACUGAUCAAUUUGGUACAAAUUCACAACGUAUUAAAAUAUUACAAAGUAUAUAUCAAGAAUCAAUAGGUAAUUUAAAAGCUGCAGGUGAUUAUCUCACUGAAAAUCCAGAUGAAUUACAAUUAUCAAGAAGAUUAACUACAUUGAGUCGAGAUGGUAAAUAUAUAUCCAAUUUGAUAUAUUACAUAAAUUUACAACCUGGUGAUUUAAUAGCCUGGAGUGAAUUAAGUUCUGAAUAUGCUAAGAUUGGAGAUUAUAAAAAGGCAAUUUUCUGUUUGAAAGAAAUUAUAUUGGUUGAUAAAGUCGCAUAUCCGAUACACUACAAGAUUGGAUUGUAUUAUUAUUAUAUAUAUUUACAAGAGAAGGAAACUACCAGAUUGAAAAAAGAGAAAUUAAUUGAAUUAGUAACGGAGUUGAAACAUGCAAGGGAUUAUUUUUUGUAUUGCAUUGAGAUUAAUGAAGGUUAUGGUAAGGCAUGGGUUGGAUUAAAUCAAAUACUUAAUUUGGAUAUACAUAAUAAAGCUAAAGAAGUAAAUGAUAAGGAUAUCAAAAAGAUCACAGAAGAUAAUGAAAGAAUAAAGGGGAUUGUUAAUGAUAAAGUAAAAUUAUAUAUUUAA